AUGGGAUCUCUCGAACCGGUACAGACGGCACUGAUUGGCGGUCCAAAUGAGAGUAUUGUACUGUCGCACUCUGCACCAAUACCUCCGGAUGUACUCGAAGAUGGCAUGUUAGCCGUGGAGGUGAAGGCGGUGUCGCUGAAUCCUGUGGACACGAAAAUGCUGGGAGGCUAUCACACAGCUGGAGCUAUCUCGGGAUGCGAAUACGCUGGUAUCGUCACGGGUGUUGGGGUUGGCGUAACUGAUGAUUGGAACAUCAAGGUCGGCGAUCGAGUCAGCGCUGCAAUAAUGGGCAUGAAUCCACGACGACCAAGUGUCGGGGCCUUUGCCCAAUACUCAAUAGCCCCAGCACACUGUAUUCUUAAGCUCCCGGACGAUUGGUCUUUCACGCACGGCGCAGGAAUCGGAAACUCGUGGUACACAGUACCAUGGGCCCUUUUCCAUACCCUGGGCCUCCCCCCAGGACCACAACUCCAGCCUCUAAGCGGUUGGAUCGAUCAAUCAGAACCAGCACUAGGAGCCAAAGUUACUCUCAACGCCAGCAAGCCGCAGAGCGUCCUGGUCAGUGGUGGCUCCAGCUCCACCGGGACCUGCGCUAUCCAACUCCUGAAGCUUGCAGGAUUUGGUGUUAUUGCUACGUCGUCGGCACGCAACGUGGACCUAGUCAGGUCUUUUGGCGCCGAUGACGUAUUUGAUUACUCGGAUCCAGAUUGCGCUAGUAAAAUCCGUGUGCACACAGCUAACUCACUACGUUUUGCACUCGACUGCAUCACCACGCCGGAGACAACGCAGCUCUGCUACCACGCUCUAGGAAGAACCGGAGGCCGCUACGUCUCUCUAGACCCUUUCAGUGAAACAGUUGCUGCGACACGAAAAGUCGUGUCUGCUGGGUGGGUGCUAGGACCGGAACUCAUGGGCGAGGAAAUCGGCUGGCCGGCACCGCAUGGGAGAGCCCCAAACCCAUUUGCCAGGAAGUUCUGUGUUAUGUGGAACAAGACGCUACAAAAACUGCUUGAUGAGGGUCAGAUCAGGACUCAUCCGCAGGUGGUGCGCGAUGCUGGCCUUGAAGGUGUCUUGGAAGGCCUACAGGAUAUUCGAGAGAAGAAAAUUUCUGGUCAGAAGCUCACGUAUACUUUGUGA